CUGAACAAUCGGGCCAAUCACAACUCUCAUUACGAUAAAAAUUUUAACGUAAUAACUCGGUUUACCCUACAGCGAUUUAACCUAUCCAAAUUCGCCGACGCCCGAUAAAUCGAACGUAGGAGAAUUCAACAGUUUCUGUCCAUACUUUCAAGUUUUUCCGUUGCAAAAACCUUCAUCAAUCAUCAUGCGUCAUCUCACUAACUGUAGAACUUACGUUGAAUUCGAAGAAACUGUUAGUUUGGACGACUUCAUGGUCAAGGCUCCUCGAAAAAAUCCGCCAGUGCAAACGGAUGGCAAGCUUCAUGGGAUAUUACGAAAUAAGACUGAUAAAGCCAAAGUGAAUGCUUGUGUUCAAGUGAAGUUGCGUGAUCCUUCGAAGCACAGAACCCGUAGGCGAAGUCACAAAGUUCACAGUGGACGGGCUUACGUACUCCAGAAACAGAUUUGCGAAGAUCAAAAUGCACCUCUUCGCAAAGCUUCCAAAGAUUACGCUCAUCCCACGAGAACGUACUCCGUCGUUCCGGUCUACGUCAAGUAUGAUUUUGGCCAGAAGAAAAAGAGUUUUCAUCAGCCGAAGCUCAGGGACAACAAUACUCAGACGAGUUUGAGAGAGAACAGAGGAACGCGAUUCAAAUCAAUACUGAAAAAUAAGGCUCCGGAUGAGUUAUGCGAUGAGAAUAUUCUGAUACCCUAUUCGACGCCGAAUCGCAAACAAUCCACCGAAUAUGUCAAAGCUGUUCAAGAAACUGUCGAGCAACACAUCAAAGCAACGAAUCCCGGCGAUUAUCAAAUUAUUCUGAAUCACAACAGCAUUUGUAGGGCAAUGCAUCUUCAGCUGGCUCUGGAAAUCAUGUCAAAUUAUGCACAGCAGCCAGCAAUUGGGAACAUUUAUAAGCUAGCAAAAUUGUACUGCGCUCUGCUGAAUCUCAAGCCUUCACCGAACGCGGAAGCGAAGAACAUGAAUACAUUAUUUCUCGAUGAAGGAAUGGACAAUCUCGCGAAGCAUCCCAGAGAUUUUCGAGAACUGAAAGGACGCAUCCACAAGGUGACAAACAUCGAGAAGCCAGAAAAUCCCACGGCAUUUCCAAAGGCGACGAGUGUUAAGGAAAGAAUCCGUCGUAUGGAGCAUCGAAUCCCUUGGGGCAACACAGGAGGCCAAGGUGACGUGACACCCGAGGGUAAUAGCUGUUGUCGAAGAGAAGAUCCCAUCGCAAACCGGGCCAGCGCCAUCGAAUCGCAGAUGUUCCUCACAGUUGCUCCGAAGGAAUCGUGCGCUAAAAUCCGCUACACUCGGCCCAAACGUUGUCGAAAACUUGUGCCUGGAGACCCGGUCAGCGGUGGUCAGCUUGAGCGUUAUUAUUGAUUCCUCAACCACUAUGUAAUCAUAGAUUCAUUACGUGUUCUUUUUUUCAUACGACAGUACUUCGAAUACGCUAAAAAGUCUCCUCCCGAUUUACAAGCAUUAAGAGUCCGGAUCAAUUUGACA